CGUUGUCUCCUGCAGGCUUAAUGCGCAUGCGUUUAUAUUGGGGCCUGUCAAAAUGGCCUCCGGUCGACUAGACAGCGAGUCUGCCGCUGAUGAAGGAGAGCAGCAAGAGUUGGCGUCGCGAGUUCUGCAAAUUCAGUCAAAACGUGUCUACGUUGACGUCAAGCAGAACAAGAGAGGACGCUUUAUGAAGAUUAGUGAGGUUGCACCAAAUGGCAUCAGAGGAAAAGUGAAUUUGCCAAUGUCAAGCGUUGCUGAAUUCAAAGAUUAUCUCGAAGAGUUCUCACAACACUCCGAGCAAAUAGUUGAAGGUUCGCAGCCAGGAGAAGGAGGGACAUGGAAGAGCGCUUACAUGCAACGCGAGAACAAACGCUUCUUCCUCGACCUAAAAGAGAACGAACGAGGUCGUUUCCUUCGUAUCAGUCAAAGUGUUAGUUUUGGCCAGCGAUCGCAAGUCGCCAUCCCUGCCUCUGGCAUCAAGGAGCUCAUUGCCGCUGUCAUUGACCUUCUUACUCACUUUGGCCCGGAGGAUCUGGGUGAGGAACUUCCAGAGAGUCGGGAUCUCAGGAUUGACGGCAAGAAGUUCUACUUUGACGUCGGCUCAAACGAGAGAGGCGUGUAUUUGAGAAUCUCAGAGGUGCAAGCGCGUUAUCGUACUAACAUUACAAUUCCGCAGUCAGGAUGGCUGGCCUUUCGAGACACGCUGAACGAGUACAUCGAACAGCUUCCCUUCACCGGCCAAGCCAGCGGCUUCGACAUGGAAGGCGAAGGCACAGAAGAGAUGGCAGGCGAGAGCUAGACUUACAACGUAGAAAGUCCCGAGUGAUUGUGUGUUUUUACGUCUGUACAAUGAAGAGAAAAUGGCCGACAGCCGUGUGAUGUGUACGUAACGUAUAGUGUUCUUGUGUAUCUUACACUCAUGUUACUCGACCGUAUUUGCUCAAUUAGCGACUGGAGGUUGCCCUUCUGUCGCUUCUAGUUUGUUGUCCCGUGUGGACAAUCGGCCGUUUUGUAUUUGGUUUUGAUACGAGUUCCACUGGUGUCUAGCAGUAUCCAUCAACAAGAUUUGUGGACAAACCAAAUAGAAUGUAAUUAUGUUCA